CACAGACUUCAAUCACCAAUUGAACCUCCAAUCCACCUCCAACACAUACACAUACAUAAAUUCAAUUUCAUGAUCCCCCGCCCCCGCAACCUCCACAACAUCCCCCUACGACACCUCUCAUCCCCCGCCCCGAUGUCAACCGCAACCCUCCUCCUCCCCGGCCUCCGCCGCAGCCUCCUCCUCACAACCCCAAUCCUCCUCUCCACACCCCUCCUCCUCUCACACCAGCUAUCCACCACCCGCAUCCGAUGCGACGCCCCUGACCCGCUCGCGAAAAUAACAUCCGACCUACGCCUGAAGCAAUCGAGCGCGCCGGUGCUAAGCCCGAGGGUCGUGAAGCAGAUAAGCCUGGGCAGCGUGUUGGGUGUUUUGGGGGGGCUGGGCGUGAGUGUUUUCAGUAAGCCGCUGGCUGUGAUUAUUGGGUUGGGGGUUGUGUUUGUUCAGUUCCUCGAAUCGCGCGGCAUCCACAUCGUCCCGUACUCGUACCUCCAGAACCGGCUCAAGAAGACCAAUGUGCGGUCGCUCGUGCAGAACAACGUCGCGCUGAAGAUGUCGUUCGGUCUGACGUUUGCGCUGGCUGCGUUUGCUGAGUUCUAAGUGGUUCGUGAAGAUUGGAUGGGUUGGAGAAAAAAAGGGCAGUCAGGUUGGAUUUGGAGAUGGAGGGUGACGUUGUGGCCGUUCAGUUGACGCCGAGGGCGAAUCGGUGGCCCGGGUGCAUGUAUUGCGGCGCGAAUUGCAUUUGCAUGUGCUUGCAUCUCUGCCAGAACUCUUUGACGGUCUCUUUGAAUGCUGAGGAGGAUCUCGCGUUCCUGUAUAUAUAUGUCAAAUAAGCUACAAGAUAUUGAUAGGAUAAAAGAAAGGGUUCAGACUUACC